UGUUUUGCCACUGUCUGGUGGCGACUAGUUUGAUCCAGUCUCCUGAACAUGCGCAGUCGGUGUAAACAGGAAGAAUCUGCGGAAACUAGGGCUAAUCCAAAAAGACUAGUCGAGAUAUUCACAGGAACAAAUAUAUACUUUAUUAAUCGUAAAUCUACGAGAACAGACCGUCUGUAGAAAUGGUUCAGAAAGACACGCCGGUGGUGGAUACGUCUCAUGUGGAGACUGAAACGAGCCCAUGUUCGGGGCCAUCUAAGGCUGGUUCCGAAGCAUCUGGCCUCGUGGAAGAACCUAUAAACAUAGAGGUGGAGCUGUCGGGCCGCAGGAAAUUCAUCAGUGGAGUCGUGGAGGGCUUCUACGGCCGGCCAUGGACAAUGGAACAAAGGAAAGAGCUGUUCAGGAGACAGCAGAAAUGGGGCUUGAACACAUACCUCUACGCUCCUAAAGAUGACUACAAGCACAGGAUGUUCUGGAGAGAGAUGUACUCAGUCGAAGAAGCAGAACAGCUGAUUACCCUGAUCAGUGCUGCAAAGGAGUAUGGGAUUGAGUUCAUCUAUGCCAUCUCCCCGGGCCUCGACAUCACCUUCUCUAACCAGAAAGAAGUGUCCACACUCAAAAGGAAACUCGACCAGGUGACUCACUUUGGCUGCAAGUCAUUUGCCUUACUGUUUGACGACAUUGACCACAACAUGUGCCCCGCCGACAAGGAAGUGUUCAGCUCCUUCGCCCAUGCCCAGGUGUCCAUCACCAAUGAGAUCUUUCAGUACCUGGGAGAGCCUGAGACCUUUCUCUUCUGCCCCACAGAGUACUGUGGAACGUUCUGCUACCCCAAUGUUGCCCAGUCCCCCUACCUGCACACAGUGGGUGAGAAGCUGCUACCUGGCAUUGAAGUGCUGUGGACAGGUCCUAAGGUGGUAUCGAAAGACAUCACAGUGGAAUCAAUAGAGGAGGUCUCUAAGAUCCUGAAGAGAGCUCCGGUAAUCUGGGACAACAUCCACGCCAACGACUACGACCAGAAGCGUCUGUUCCUGGGGCCGUACAAGGGGCGCUCCACGGAGCUCAUCCCCCGCCUAAAGGGGGUUCUCACCAACCCCAACUGUGAGUUCGAGUCCAACUUCGUAGCCAUCCACACCCUGGCCACCUGGUACAAGUCCAACAUGAACGGAGUGCGCAAGGAUGUCGCCAUGACGGAUGGAGAGGACAGUACUGUGUCUAUCCAGAUCAAGCUGGAAAAUGAGGGCAGUGAUGAGGAGUUGGAGACGGACAUGUUGUAUAGCCCUCAGCUCGCCCUGAAACUGGCCCUCACAGAGUGGCUGGGGGAGUUUUUAGUGCCUCACCAGUACAACAGUCGCCAGGUAACCCAUAGCGGAGCUAAGAGUUCAGCUAUUAACAUGUCAUCACUAGGCGCCUCCUCCCUCUGCGCUGGUACUACAGUCACUACAGUGUUCCGACAGCCCAUCAUGGCCCCCACAGGUGCCCCCGACCCCAAUAACCACCCCAUGGCCAAGAGUCUGCAACAACAAGAGGUGGAUGUUGAGAAGAAGGAGUCUGACGAAGAGCCCAUGGAGAUGGUUGUGGAGAAACCAUAUGAGACGGAGCCAGAGCCAGACCCUGUAGCGGAGGCUGAAACUGAGACCAAGAACAGCCUGGUCCUUUUAGACAAGAUGGUGGAGGAUCUGAAGCCCAUGGACACAGACCGGGAGGUCCUAGUUCCUGAUUCCAAGUCUCCAGAGGAGGACAUUGACAUGGCCCCCAUGCAGACAGACGAACAGCUCAAACAGGAUGUUUUUGUGCUUGGUCCCAAUGAGAAGGUAUUGUACACUGCAGAGUCUCUUUCUUUGGAGGACCUGAUCCUGCUGGCUGAGCUCUUCUACCUGCCCUAUGAGUACGGACCCAAGGCCCUACACAUGCUCAAGGAGUUCAAUUGGCUCCGGGCUAACUGCAGCACCGUCGGUGUCGACUGCAAGGGCAAGGAGCCAGAGAAGGUAGUGGAGUGGCAGUCCCGGGCAGAGAGGUUUGAGGAGAUGUGUUGCUCGGUCAUCCAGAUGUUCACCAGGCUGUCUAACUCAGCCAACCGCACCAUCCUCUAUGACCUCUACCCCUACAUCUGGGACAUCAAGAGCAUCAUGUCCAUGGUCAAGUCCUUUGUCCAGUGGCUAGGGUGCCGUAGUCAGGCUACUGCACAGUUCCUUAGUGGAGACCAAGAGCCUUGGGCCUUUAGGGGCGGUCUAGCAGGAGAGUUCCAGAGAUUUUUGCCGAUCGACGGUGCAAACGAUCUUUUCUUCCAGCCUCCCCCCGCACUGCCAACAUCCAAAAUCUAUUCCAUCAGGCCCUGCUAUCCUAAAGAUGAGCAUGCAGUGUAUAAGAUCUGCAGAGAGAUGUACUCUGAAGGAGUGGAGGAACUGCCCUUCGGUGGAGAGGAGCCAGACCUCAUAGGAGACAGGUUAGUAGGAGGGUUCCUGAACCUGAGUCCAGACUAUGGGUUUGUCCUGGAGGACGAGGAGGGGAUCUGUGGUUACGCACUGGGCACCGUGGACGUCAAGCCGUUCGUCAAGAAGUGUAAGAUGAGCUGGAUCCCCUCCAUGCAGGAGAAAUACAACAAGCCUGACUGCCAGAAGGACCUCUCUGAUGCUGAGAAGAUGAUGUUGAGUUUCCAUGAGGAGGAGGAGGGCCUCCCAGAGUCGUUCCUCUCCAACUUCCCUUCCCUCAUUAAGAUGGACAUCCAUGCCAAGGUCAUCGAUCCCAGCGUGGCCAAGAGCAUGAUGGGAUGCCUGCUUUCCUGCCUCAAGGCCAAUGGUUCCAUCGGUGCGUUCUGUGAGGUGCGUCAGGCGGACAAGAGGAUGAUAGACUUCUACAGUAAGCUGGGCUGCUUCGAGGUCGCCAAGAUGGAGGGCUUCCCCAAAAACAUCAUAAUCAUGGGCCGCAGCCUCUGAGGACAACGGACGACAUCACGGGACGCAGCUCCUGAGACAGCCCGGCGAGCCAAGCAACCACGGAGCUGUGUAGAGCGCUUCAGUCAUCUGGGCCUAAGGAUAACUGUCUGUUACUUUUACAAACCUACCGGUACUUGACGAUUUUACACUUCAACCACCUGGACUAGACAAGGCUAGAGGCAUCCCUGUUUUUAGAUAGUGAUCAGAAACAAAGCGGCUUGUACAGAUUCACUGUGCUGCCACUAGAGGCCCAGAGCUCUGCCGGAAUGAAACAGAAUCCAAAACUGUAAGAGCCAAAGUAGUCGUCUGCAGCCCUGUAAAGCCGUGUGUGUUUACGGUGGACGGUUUCCCUCUUGUCAUUGGUGUCCAGAGUGGAGUGGCAGUGACUGAUCCCCAUGCGGCUCCAUGAAGUCGGAGCUGGUCAGGUGCCAUCUACUCCCAUUAGCCUUUCAGACCAUGUGACCUGACUGUCAGCAGCCGAAUGGGCGUCUGUGCCUGUCUCUCACAGACAGUCGGGGGGUGUAUUUAGAUCCUGCUGCAUCUCAAAUUGCGCUCUCUUCUCAAUGUAACACGUUAUUUUUGUCUGGUCGACGGUAGUGCAGUGUAUAGAGUAUAGGGAGUGAUUUGCGACUUGGCCGUAUAUGCUGACACUGCACUUUGGUAUAGGCCUAGCUGACGGGGGGGGGUUUAGGGAAAAGGGGCCUUUGAGCAGGUGGUCCCUGUAGCUUACAGAGUAAAGAGCGGUUUAUGCUUCCACCUAUACUGUAGUUUAACUCCCGAGUGAUGUGUUACAGGUUCUCUUUGUGGUGUGUUACAGGUUCCUCAAUAGUUUACUUAAACUUUUUAAGUGACUUGCAUGCAGAGGAAAGCAUACGCUUGAGUGUUCAAGGAGACGUACGGAGACUUCCUGGAAACCCACCGGAGUAGAAAUGAAUAACCUGGAAGAGAGGCCACGUGUGUUUCCACUCACUAAAAACAUGGUUCUCAGUCUAGUCCCUUAACCCUUUUUGUUUUCGGCCAUGCUUUUUUUUACAGUGCUAUUUUUAUGUUUAUGUAUUUGCCUGCCUUUCAAUAGGACUUUUGUACCUGUGGAGAUCUCCAAGGGGCCUAUUGCACUGUCCUGUAGAUCGCCGAUGAUUACCACGCACUCUUAUCUACUGUCAAUCCACCUGACAAAUACAUUAGGGGACAUGAGGAUGGGAUGCGUUCAUUUUAGCUUGCCCGGUUGCCCUUGGAUGCACGCUGAAACCCGGUGCACGCUAAAACGAACGCGCCUCGCCUCAAAAGGUGGGCCAUCGGCUCGAAAAACAUCUCUCGUUUUUUUUUUUUUUUUUUGGUCACCAAUCCAGAGCUCUGGCCCUUUAACCAAGAGAGAGGAGCCCUAACCUCCAAAUCGUUUUCGAAUUGUGAAGAUGAGACGGUUUAGACGCUUCAGCGCUCCUUCUGUAAUGCAGCUGCUCUCGUUCUCGACUUCACGAGGCGCGGCGAGGAACAUGUACCACUAACCAGCUGCUUAUCCGGGAGGACAGAGCGUUCGGGUAGAAAGAUACUAUGUAGAACAGGUGGGAUUCCAUGCCAAGCAGAAUGAGGAACCAUGUCGGCUGUGUACGCCACAUUUCCAUCUGCGGCGUCAUACGUUGCACGCACUUGAAUGUCGAGCUACUGAGCGACGGCUCUUCUCCUGGUUAGGACACUACCUACAUCGACAUGUCAAUUCAAAUAUGCUUUUUUAAAAGAAUACCUCGUUACCUGAUUUGUCUUCUGCCAGCCUGGAUGUUUAUAAAUGAGUCUGAACGUUGAGCUAGUUCGAUUGCAGUCCUUUUAGUCUGCUUUAUUCAUCCAACUCAUCGCCCUCUGGACUAGUAUUCUGUGGUGGACAAGUACGUUUCCCAGAGAGAAUAGCAACAUGUAUCCUAGUUCUCCACUGGUAUUAAAUGAUUUCCUUUUCCUUUAGUGUGUGUGUUUAUAUAUAUAUAUAUAUAUAUAAAACAGACAUUUUGUCAUUGCUUGUGCUAUUGUGAAAUUUUGCUCUUUUUUUCCCUGCAUCUGCUGAUUUUAUGUUUAGCUGCAAUUUGAAAGUGCUUCAAUUAUAGGCCUACAUUGAUGAUACAUACAUUGUUCGGGUUUUUUUUUUGGUGGGGAGGAGUUUAUUGAUUAAAAUGUACACUUUGUAUGUGAAAGGAAAAUUGUUGUUAAUAAAUAUUAACUCAUGGAAAGGUGA